UCUCUCCUCUCUCGCACUCUAUAGCUUGAGCUGUGAAAUCUGGAGACAAACCCCGAAAAAAAAAAGGGAGUAGUUCUUCAUCUUCUUCGAUAAUUAUUCUUCGUCUAAUUGGGAAAUUUUGGAGCUUGGCGAACAUGCGGAAUGCGGAUCGGCUGGCCGACGAUUUGAUCGAGUCGGAUCUCAAGGAGCUUGGGAUCGCCGCGAAGAAGCUCGCCAACCAUGCCUUCAAGCUUGGCGGCGGCCUGGGCUUCGGCACCACCUUCCUCAAAUUCCUUGCCUCCGUAGCAGCAAUAUAUCUGUUGAUAUUAGACCGGACAAACUGGAGGACAAACAUGUUGACUACACUUUUAGUUCCUUAUAUUUUCCUGAGCUUGCCGUCUGUGCUGUUUUCUUUACUGAGAGGGGAAUUUGGUAAAUGGAUUGCAUUUAUUGCUGUUGUGCUGCGACUCUUCUUUCCUCGGCACUUCCCAGACUGGUUGGAGAUGCCUGGAUCAUUGAUCCUUCUUCUUGUGGUUGCCCCUAGCCUCUUUGCCGACACGAUCAGGAACGGUCUGAUUGGCAUCUUCAUAUGCUUAGCUAUUGGCUGCUACCUGCUUCAGGAGCACAUCCGAGCAUCCGGUGGCUUUAGGAAUUCAUUCACAAAGAGACAUGGCAUAUCAAAUACUGUAGGUAUCAUUCUUUUGUUGGUCUACCCUAUCUGGUGCUUGGUGCUGUAUUUUCUGUAGGUUCUUUUCAUUCCAGUUCUGGAUAUGUUUUGCCUUGCUGCCAUUGACAGUACAUUAAAUACUCUGGUUUUGUGUGUCUUCAUUUGUUUGUAAAGCUCGAAAUCUGUUAUUGGAUGUAGCAACUUUGAGAUUGUGGGGUUUCCUGUCAUAUGUUGUAUAUGUAAUGAACCAUGAAAAUAUUGAGAUUUACAUUUCCUAGAAAAAAAUGGAUUUGUACUUCAACCA